CAGACGAGGUUCUUCCUGAGCUGACCGCUUCUGUUGGCUGGGGAGAGGGGAACACUCAGAACAAGCUCAGCUAUCAAUCGAGGUACCUUGAGAUAACAGGUAGACUAGUGCAAUCGAUGACGACGCUUCCCGGGAUGAGCUGCCACUAGCUAGCCUCAUUAGCGACGUACCACCACCAUAAAGCUUCAGAAGCGCCAGGAACCUUGGCAUCGACUCUCAUCUACACUUUUCUUUUACAGGUAGACUACAUUAAAAAAAAAACGUCCUGCAAACCACUCGCACCUCAAAGGCUUUUGCAGAUUCCUCUCCAGCUCCUACCCUCCCGAGAUCUGUUCCCACGCGUUUACCGACCUCGCUGCCUGCCAAAAUGGUUCACCUCACAUCAAUCCCCUCUCAGGAGGAGGCCGAUGACAAAAUCGUCAGUGCCGUCAAGAAAGUUCAUCUUCAGCUUGUCAAUGACGAUGACAAGUUUACUACGUCGGUCUACGGCUCUCGCUUCGCCAUUGACGAUCUGCCGAGGCACGAGAUGCCAGAACAUGAGAUGCCCAAGGAGGUUGCCUACCGCAUGAUCAAGGACGAGCUCAGCUUGGACGGGAACCCGAUGCUCAACCUAGCUUCGUUUGUGACGACCUACAUGGAAGAGGAAGCUGAGAAGCUCAUGGCCGACUCUUUCUCCAAGAACUUUAUAGAUUACGAAGAGUACCCCCAAUCCGCCGACAUACAGAACAGAUGUGUCGCCAUGAUCGGGCGCCUGUUCAACGCCCCGGUCGGAACCGGUGAGGGUGUUGGCGCUGUGGGAACUAGCUGUGUUGGAAGCUCCGAGGCCAUUAUGCUUGCCGUCCUAGCCAUGAAGAAGCGUUGGAAGAACAAGCGCCUGGCGGAGGGCAAGCCUGUCGACAAGCCGAACCUGAUCAUGAGCAGCGCUGUACAGGUGUGCUGGGAGAAGGCCACUCGCUACUUUGAGGUCGAGGAGAAGCUCGUCUACUGCUCCCCGGAUCGCUACGUCAUCGACCCCAAGGAGACGGUAGACCUGGUAGAUGAGAACACCAUCGGUAUUUGCGUCAUCCUCGGAACGACGUACACUGGCGAAUAUGAGGAUGUUCGCGCCGUGAAUGACCUCCUAAAUGAGCGCGGACUCGAGACUCCGAUCCACGUCGAUGCUGCCAGCGGUGGCUUCGUCGCCCCCUUUGUUGUUCCAGACCUGGAGUGGGACUUCCGCUGCGACCGCGUCGUAUCCAUCAACGUGUCCGGGCACAAGUAUGGUCUCGUUUAUCCAGGCGUGGGCUGGGUGGUCUGGCGUUCAGCUGAAUUCCUGCCUCAGGAGCUCGUCUUCAAUAUCAACUACCUCGGCGCCGAUCAGGCAUCCUUCACCCUCAACUUUAGCAAGGGUGCGUCCCAGGUCAUUGGGCAGUACUACCAGCUCAUCCGCCUGGGCAAGCACGGCUACCGCGCCAUCAUGUCCAACUUGACCCGCACGGCCGAUUACCUCUCCGACAGCCUCGAGGCGCUGGGUUUCGGCAUCAUGUCCAAGAAGUCGGGAGAAGGGCUGCCGCUCGUCGCUUUCAGGUUAACCCCAGACGAGGACAGGAUCUACGACGAGUUUGCAAUUGCACACCAGCUCAGAGUCAGGGGCUGGGUUGUUCCCGCGUACACGAUGGCGCCGCACACUGACAACCUCAAGAUGCUGCGCGUCGUAGUCAGGGAGGACUUUACACGGAAUCGUUGCGAUGCGUUGAUCGCCGACGUGAAGCUGAGCUUGGAGCUGCUCAACCAGAUGGACAAGAAGGAGCUCGAGAGGCACCAGGAUGUCAUCCAAAAGCAUGGGACGCAUAGCGGCAAGGCCUCGCACAACCAUCCGAAGUUCAGGAAAGAGAAGCAUUCGCUGCAAGGAAAGCACGGCAAGACACAUGCGGUUUGCUAGGGGAUCUUCUCGAAAAAGCUAGGACUCUCGAUUCGAUGGACGGCUUACAUCUAUUUGGUAUUAUUUCCACGGGCUGGAAGGCCAGGUCGCAGUCCCUUAGUGAAUACAAAGACGACAAUAAGUUUCUGUGCUACCCACCUGUGGGCUUCGCUUUACGUAGGGGCAGCCUUCCGACCGAUGGCUGCAGAAUGACAAGACCAGCCUUGCCGUAAAUUCACCCAGGGAUUCAUGGAAAUGUCUCGUAUAAUUCAAAACACAAUUCGACGCAGUCAAUCUC